AUGCGACAUAUUUCAGUCGCAGCCACAUAUCUUUCCCUUUUCCUGUUCCUCUUCUGCACAGUAUCAGUUGCCUGGGGCUUACCUUCUUUCUCACUUCGCAAGCGCCUCCCAAGUUCCUUAGUUGACCCUCCUCAUCUACGACACGAUAAGCGUAUCAAGGAUUUCGAGCGAAUAAAGGAGUGGCUUGGGAAUCAGCAGCCACUGGCGGACGGAGCGGUUUCGAAGAACGCGGCCAUGCCUCCUCCAUCGGUCGAUACUGGGGUUCUUCCGCACGGCGGCCCCGGUGGUGAUGAUCCUAUAGUGUCGGAUGUCCUGCCAAAGACCCGUGGCAUCAACGUCUUUGCAUCCCUCACUCGGCAAUUUGAGUCGGUGGAAUCGCUGCUGAAUGACUCGAAGACGAACAUAACCGUGCUUGCUCCGCGCAAUAGCGCUAUCCAAGACCUGCCGCGCAAGCCCUGGGAGAAUCCGGAUGAUUAUGAGGAGUUUGGGGAGGUACGUGCGUAUGAAGGUGACGAGGGGCGAGAGCGAGCAAAGCGCAACCUGAAGCGUUUUGUCUCUGCUCAUAUAAUUCCCCAGAGCCCUUGGAAGGAGGGAGAAGAGGCGGAGACGAUUGGAGGAGAUAAGUUGAGAUGGAGAAAGGAUGGAGAUAAAAUCUACAUUGAGCCAAGCGGCGUAGAGGUUGAGAGUAUCGCCGAGCAGGUUUCGAACGGUGAAGUAUGGAUCCUAAACGGUGUAAUCAACUAUCGUUAG